UGUAGCGAGCAGGACAGUUUUUAGCCUGAAGUUACCACGGCAGCUCCUUCCUGGUGCAAAUGGCGACCAUCAUGGAUACAGUAUUAUUUUUUAGAGCCUUAUUAAAAGUGGUGUCGUUAUUAUUUAUUAUUCAAGUUAUACAGCCGUUACAUGCCGUAUCAGAGCCGGGCAAAUGGAUCUUAAACGUGAACAGCAACACCCUAAAGAAGCAGAGCUACUUUAUUUUCACAAAGACAAUGUUUAACAACUCCAUAAUCGACCUGAAAUGGAUCAGUGAAAACUGCUCCCCUCCAGUAAAUCUCAGCAUAUCCUGGUACCUGAGAAAUUCACGCUGCUACGACGAGGUGUUUGGCCUUGAUAAAGCUGAUCUCUACUUUAUGUCAACGAGCGUGAUUCGUGAAGGGGGCACCGGCUUUUAUAUCAGUCACAAGUAUGAUCCUAUUAUCUGUCAACAAAAUAUGAAUGUCAAUAAGUUUACCCUCACCUCUUAUGAGCUGCAAAAGAAACUCACUGUGCCAGGCGAAGGGAUGACUCCCACUGACAAACAAGGAAGAAGAAAGAGGGCCACAGACCCUACAAACGCUACAACCAAUGCUGCCGAAGCCAAGUCUGCCAGCCAAGAAAAAGCCAAAAGCUCAGGCAAUGCAAUGCCGCAUUACGCCGUCGCUAAGACCUGGGAGGACGGGCCUUACAUGUUCAUCAUCGAAAUUAAAGCGAUCGGUUCUUCUGCCACAUCGCCACAGACCUGGAACAUCCAGUUAGAGGUCAGCAUGUCCGGGCCCCAUCAGUUCAUCUCUGCCUCCGAGUGGCCCCUCAUGAUUUUCUACAUGGUGAUGUGCAUCAUCUACGUGGUGUUGGGCUUGCUGUGGCUGGGACUGUCGGCUUGCUACUGGAGGGAGCUUCUGCGCAUCCAGUUCUGGAUCGGAGGGGUGAUCUUCCUGGGCAUGCUGGAGAAAGCCGUCUACUACGCCGAGUUCCAGAGCAUCCGCUACGACGGCCUUUCGGUCCAGGGGGCAGUAAUGUUUGCAGAGAUCCUGUCUGCUGUGAAGAGAACCCUGGCCCGUGUCCUCGUCAUCAUUGCCAGCUUGGGCUACGGAAUCGUGAAGCCAAGACUUGGAGCUCUCUUGCAUCGAGUGGUUGGGGUUGGGCUGCUCUACCUUAUCUUUUCCAUUGUGGAAGGCAUCCUACGGGUUAAUUCGGCACAAGGGGGGAAUAGCAGGCUGCUGUGUGACAUUAUUCUGGCCUUCACUGACUCCUGUAUUGUGUGGUGGAUCUUCAUCAGCCUGGCCCAGACGAUGAAGCUCCUGCGCUUGAGAAGGAAUGUGGUCAAGCUCUCGCUUUUCCGGCACUUCACCAACACCUUGAUAUUCGCCGUCAUUGCUUCUGUCAUUUUCAUCAUCUGGACGACAAAGACAUUCAAGUUUUCCAAAUGCCAGUCUGACUGGAGCGAGCUGUGGAUUGAUGAUGCUUUCUGGCGGUUCCUCUUCUCCACCAUCCUGCUUGUCAUCAUGUUCUUGUGGAGGCCGUCGGCCAACAAUCAGAGGUAUGCCUUCAGCCCACUGGUGGAUGAGGUGAGCGAUGAGGAGAAGGAGCAGCUGAUGAACGAGGCCUUUGAGGGUGUUAAAAUGAGAGGCCUGAAGUCCGAGACCAAUGGAACAGCCAAGCCCAACAAAGUGCAGGAUGAGGACUUGAAGUGGGUGGAGGAGAACAUCCCUUCGUCUAUGGCAGAUGUUGCCCUGCCCCCCUUACUGGAUUCUGAUGAGGAAACCAUGACCACCAAAUUUGAGAUGUCCAAAAUGGAGUAAAUAAGAUGUAUUUAUUGUAAAUACUGUCUGUGUUUUUGUCUUUCUGUAAAGGGAUGCCUUUUAUGAUUACAUGCUUGGUGAGCAAUAUUUGUAAAUAUGGGAUGGAGGGAAGAAAUAUGAUGACAAAUCAGAUUACUUUAUUUUCUUUUUAUUGCCUGUUUGUAUUUAUAUUUCCCUUGGAUAUAUAAAUGGUAGUUGAACCAUACCUUUGACUGUAUAUCUGAGGUUCAGACAGCAAUUAAAUUCCACACUUGUCUGAAAUGUUGCUUGUGUUUUUACUAAUACUAUUUAAACCCCCUACCAUCACUAUAAAUUCCUAACCCCUGACUAUUCUUGUGCUGUUUUUAUCUGUGAAUCACAAGAUAAAUGGCAUCUUGAAACGGACGUUUUAUCUUAGAAAUGCUAAUAAUAUGCCAUACACCACGGUCAAUAUAUUGCCUUUGGCAGAAGAAAAAACAAAAACGAAAUGAAUUAUACCAGGUUGCUUAGUUUUGUUAUCUUGCCAAAGAUAUGAUGGCCAAUGAUGCAUUAUGCCCAUUAAUGACAGCCUUGCAACAACCAGUUAUUGUGCUAGCAUUGUGUUUUCAGGGUCUUAUUAACUGUACAGCUGGAGACUACAGAUUGUGUGUAUGCGGCAUUGUCCAAGAGGCAUACAUAAUGCACUCAUACAUUAUUGCGGAAUGCAUAAUGUUUUGAAGAAACACAAGGAUUAGCAGUAUUGUCAUUUUUUAAAUUUGUGAAUAAAUUGUGAAAGAAA